AUGGGCUUCAAGAAAAAAAAUGAAAAAUCACACGGUCCACAUUUGAAGAGACACUAAUACUAUACUGCGAGCGAGAGAUCUCACUCUGAUGCCCCCCAAAAAAGAGCGCAACGCAUUGUUUUUCAGUUGAAUGACCGAUCUGGUACCAAAGUGGUGGACGGGUCGAACCCGAAGCUAACAAUUAGGGCCGGCAGAGACUGCGGAUCGGAUUUCAGAGGCUUCCGGCAUGAGAUCGCCGUCAAUGUCCCAAGAAGGAGGACUGUUGGGUAUGUUUGAGUACUUCCGUGGAUCAUGAGGGUAUGCGACUUUGCAUUCUCUACGUAGAAGUUGGUAAAUACUGAUAGAACUUGGGUUCUGUUCAAAGAUGGGGCGUCUGAAGCUGCAAAAUGGAAUCAAGGCAAUUGACGAAGAACCCAGGAACUGUGAUGCAACAUAUUCUAAAAAAGAUACUUUAGCAUGCAUCAUUAAUUCAGAAAUAGGCGCUGUAUUAGCGGUUAUGAGGAGGAAUGUAAGAUGGGGAGGACAUUAUAUAUCAGGUGAUGAUCAGCUGGAACACCCUCUAAUCCAAUCUUUAAAGGUGUUACGGAAGCAAAUAUUUUCGUGGCAGCAUCAGUUGCAUACCAUCAAUCCUGCUGCAUAUCUUCAGCCAUUUUUGGAUGUGAUUAGAUCAGAUGAAACUGGUGCGCCAAUCACUGGUGUGGCGUUGUCAUCUGUUUACAAUAUCUUAACGCUUGAUGUGAUCGAUCAAAAUUCCGUAAAUGUUGAAGAUUCCAUGCAAUUGUUAGUUGAUGCGAUCACUGGCUGCCGAUUUGAGGUGACUGAUCCUGCAUCAGAAGAAGUGGUACUGAUGAAGAUACUACAGGUUCUUCUGGCUUGCAUGAAGAGUACAGCGUCUGUUAUAUUGAGUAAUCAGCAUGUUUGCACUAUAGUGAAUACAUGUUUCCGUAUAGUCCAUCAAGCAGGAACAAAAGGUGAGUUGUUGCAACGGAUAGCUCGCCACACUAUGCAUGAACUGGUUAGAUGUAUUUUCUCACACCUUCCAGAUGUUCAGAACACUGAACGUGCAUUGUCAAAUGGAAACAAUACCAUCAGUCGAGAGAUUGCAGGGAUAAAUAAUGAGUACCCUUCUGGGAGUAGACAAUUGGAGAAUGGCAACAUGAGUUCUGAGUUUGACAGUCAGCUUUUAUCCACAAAUCCUGCUUUGAAUGCUUCCUCAGGUCUUGUAGAAUCUGGGAUGGAUGAAAAGACAACUGGGGCUUCUAGUGGGAAGGAGGCUGUUCAAUAUGAUUCGCGUCUCAUGGCUGAGCCGUUUGGGGUCCCCUGUAUGGUGGAAAUAUUUAACUUUCUGUGCUCUUUGUUAAAUGUGGUCGAGCAUAUCGGUAUGGGUCCCAGAUCUAAUACCAUAUCGUUUGAUGAAGAUGUGCCUCUUUUUGCCUUGGGAUUGGUUAAUUCUGCAAUAGAGUUGGGUGGGUCCUCAAUUCAGAACCACCCCAAGUUAUUAAGUUUGGUUCAGGAUGAAUUGUUUCAAAAUCUGAUGCAGUUUGGCCUAUCAACGAGUCCACUUAUUCUUUCAAUGGUAUGCAGCAUUGUUCUCAAUUUGUAUCACCAUCUGCGCACUGAACUAAAGCUACAGCUUGAGGCAUUCUUUUCUUGCGUGAUAUUGAGGCUUGCGCAAAGCAGGUAUGGGGCUUCUUAUCAGCAGCAAGAGGUUGCCAUGGAGGCUGUUGUUGACUUCUGCAGGCAGAAAACCUUCAUGGUGGAGAUGUACGCUAACUUAGAUUGUGACAUAACCUGCAGUAAUGCCUUUGAAGACCUUGCUAAUCUGUUGUCAAAGAGUGCAUUCCCUGUUAAUUUCCCAUUGUCUUCAAUUCACAUUCUUGCUUUGGAUGGUCUUAUUGCUAUUAUUCAGGGAAUGGCAGAGAGGUCAGGUAACGGAUCAGUUAGUUCUGCUGAGACUCUCACGAAUCUUGAAGAGUAUACCCCAUUCUGGUUGAUGAAGUGUGACGACUACAGUGAUCCUGCUCAUUGGGUUCCAUUUGUUCGCCGAAGGAAAUACAUAAAGAGAAGGCUGAUGAUUGGAGCCGAUCAUUUUAACCAUGACCCAAAGAAAGGGCUGGAGUUCCUGCAAGGAACUCAUCUCUUGCCUGACAAACUUGAUCCUGAAAGCGUGGCCUGUUUUUUCAGGUACACUUCUGGGUUGGACAAGAAUCUUGUUGGGGAUUUCCUGGGAAACCAUGAUGAGUUUUGUAUUCAGGUUCUUCAUGAAUUUGCUGGUACCUUUGAUUUUCAAGAUAUGAAUUUGGAUACUGCUCUCCGACUUUUUUUGGAGACGUUUCGGCUGCCUGGAGAAUCACAAAAGAUACAAAGGGUGCUUGAAGCGUUCUCAGAGAGAUAUUAUGAGCAAUCACCACAAAUUCUAGCUAACAAGGAUGCUGCCCUCCUGCUAUCAUAUUCGAUUAUAAUGCUGAACACAGAUCGACACAAUGUUCAGGUAAAGAAGAAGAUGACGGAGGAGGAUUUCAUUCGGAAUAAUCGGCACAUCAAUGGAGGUGAUGAUCUACCUCGAGAAUUCCUGUCAGAGCUUUACCACUCAAUAUGCAAGAAUGAGAUCCGCACAACUCCUGAACAAGGCGCUAGUUUUCCUGAAAUGACCCCAAGCCGUUGGAUUGAUUUAAUACACAAAUCCAAGAAGAACGCUCCAUUCAUUGUAUCCAAUUUCAGACCCCACCUUGACCAGGAUAUGUUUGCUAUAAUGUCGGGCCCUACAAUUGCUGCCAUCUCUGUGGUAUUUGAUCAUGCAGAACAUGAAGAGAUUUACCAAACAUGCAUUGAUGGAUUUUUAUCUGUUGCAAAGAUUGCAGCAUGCUAUCAUCUUGAAGAUGUGCUGGACGACCUGGUUGUGUCUCUUUGUAAGUUCACAACCCUUUUAAACCCAUCUGUUGAUGAACCUGUGUUGGCGUUUGGUGAUGACCCAAAAGCUAGAAUGUCAACUGUGACCGUUUUCACAAUUGCCAAUACAUAUGGUGAUUACAUUCGCACGGGUUGGAGAAACGUUCUUGACUGUAUCUUAAGAUUACACAAGCUUGGUCUUCUUUCAGCUCGUGUAGCCAGUGAAGCAGCUGGUGAUUCGGAGGUUUCCGCUGACACAGGUCAUGGCAACCCCAUAACCAAUUCUCUAUCUUCUGUUCAUAUGCCCUCUGUGAGUACUCCUAGGAGAUCCUCUGGAUUGAUGGGCCGGUUUAGUCAGCUCCUAUCUCUUGACACAGAGGAGCCGAGAUCGCAGCCUACUGAAGAAGAACUUGCUGCUCAUCAACGCACCCUUCAGACAGUUCAAAAGUGCCACAUUGAUGGCAUUUUUUCUGAUAGCAAGUUUCUGCAGGCUGAAUCCCUCUUGCAACUUGCACAAGCACUGAUCUGGGCUGGAGGACGACCCCACAAAGGGGGCAGCUCACCCGAGGAGGAAGAUACUGGAGUUUUUUGUUUGGAGUUGCUGAUUGCUAUUACCUUAAAUAAUAGGGAUAGGAUUAUGCUUCUUUGGCAGAUUGUGUAUGAGCACAUAUCAAACAUUGUUCAGUCAACUGUGAUGCCUUGUGCGCUGGUAGAGAAGGCUGUUUUUGGUCUUCUUCGGAUUUGCCAGCGGCUGCUUCCCUAUAAAGAGAACCUUGCGGAUGAACUUUUGAGGUCACUGCAACUCGUCUUGAAGCUUGAUGCACGGGUUGCUGAUGCAUACUGUGAGCAAAUUACACAGGAAGUCGGCCGCCUUGUGAAAGCAAAUGCCUCUCACAUAAGAUCACAGUUGGGGUGGCGCAUAAUUACGUCAUUGCUCUCAAUCACUGCUCGGCACCCGGAAGCUUCUGAGGCUGGAUUUGAUGCGCUGUUCUUCAUUAUGUCUGAUGGUACUCACUUGUUGCCAGCCAAUUAUGUUCUAUGUGUUGAUGCAUCAAGACAGUUUGCUGAGUCUCGUGUUGGGGAGGUAGAGCGAUCGGUGUGUGCACUUGAUCUAAUGGCGGGAUCUGUUGAUUGUUUAGCAAGGUGGGUAUGUGAGGCUAAGCAAUCUAUGAAUGAUGAGGAAGCUGUGAAAAUGUCUCAAGAUAUCGGGGAAAUGUGGUUGCGGCUUGUUCAGGGAUUGAGAAAAGUUUGUUUAGACCAGAGAGAAGAGGUUAGGAACCAUGCUCUGUCCUUGUUACGGAAGUGCUUGACUGGAGUGGAUGGGAUCCCUCUUCCUCCUGGUCUUUGGUUGCAGUGCUUUGAUAUGGUGAUCUUCACAAUGCUUGAUGAGUUGCUUGAAAUUGCACAGAGACACUCCCCAAAGGACUACCGGAACAUGGAAGGCACACUUAUCCUUGCCUUGAAGCUCUUGUCCAAAGUUUUUCUGCAGCUACUACCUGACCUAUCACAGUUAACAACUUUCUGCAAAUUAUGGCUGGGCGUUCUCAGUCGAAUGGAAAAAUAUAUGAAGGGGAAAGUUGGGGGGAAGAAAAGUGAUAAGCUUCAGGACCAAGUACCUGAGCUACUUAAGAACACCUUGCUUGUAAUGAUUUUAAGGGGAGUUCUUGUGGAGAGAAGUGAUUUAGGAGAUGAUAGCUUGUGGGAGCUGACAUGGCAACAUGUAAAUAACAUUGCUCCAUCCUUGCAAUCUGAGAUUUUCCGUGAUCCAAUUUUAGAGCAGUCAGAGACUAAACAAGGAGAAACAGGAGGAGUUUCUCAAGCAACUGGUACUUUACUUCCAACUGAUACGACUUCUGCUGAAGGUUCCGGCAGUUAAGGUUAGAGUGUUGUAUAGUCGUUGCAACUAGAGCUGGUAUUGGUAAUGCAUGGUAAUAAGCACCCAUGAUCAUGACCAUUGAGUAGUACACAGGGAGCCGGUCGUGUUCUGAAGUUCAACGAUAUAGAAACUAGCGGGCGGCCCUGCUAAUUUGAUGUUAUAUAACCGAGGGAACUGCUAUACUAUACCUAGAGGUUUGGAAGCCCAAGCGGAUCGAUCUUUAUAUUACUACUCAUCUUCAACUUGCUUAAAUUGGUGUGCUCAUCUUUGCCUCCACAUAACUUUUUGUUGUAGUGUAUUCGCCAGAUGAAUAUUUGGUUUUGUCUAAAGAUAUCUAUCAUCAUAUUUGGCUUCUUAGGCUUUUGGACUUCCCCACCCCAAUUUUUGUUAUAUUGAGAAUCUGGAAGUGAAGGACUGAUUUCUACCCAGAGUGGUGAAAUUUUUAUUUUCAUUUUUGUAUUGAUUUAUUCAACAAUGUACAGAAAAGAACUCGAGAUUGCCAUUUCUAAAUAGUAUUUUUCCUUAGCUUGGAACC